UGAACUCCGGCAGAGAGUAAUGGAAUGAGUUUACCCGUGCAAUCAGAGCAAGCGAAGGAUCGCACGUUGGGAACUAUCUAACAACUGCAGCUACUACGACUGUAUAAACUCCAGCACUCUGUAAAACCAAGGGGGACAAAAACAAAAUCAAAACACACACAAGGAGGAGCAAUAACAGGUUGACAUACGCACACUUUCCCUCAGAAAAAGGAUAUGUUCCUGGACAUAAAAUAAAAAGGAAUAAAGCCCAAAAUGAAGCUAACCACUCUGUGCUAUUUCGGCUUUCUCCUGAACACCGUGGCCAUACAGCUGAGCACCUCACAAUCAGUAUGCGCCGGGACGGAGAACAAGCUGAGCACUCUCUCAGACCUGGAGCAGCAGUAUCGCACCCUGCGCAAGUACUACGAGAACUGUGAGGUUGUCAUGGGCAACUUGGAGAUCACCAUCAUUGACCGCAACCGAGACCUCACCUUCCUCCGGUCUAUUCGGGAAGUGACAGGCUACGUGCUGGUAGCCCUGAACCAGUUUGAGUACCUGCCGCUGGAGAACCUGCGCAUCAUCCGCGGGACCAAGCUAUACGAGGAACGCUACGCGCUCGCCAUCUUCCUCAACUACCGGAAAGACAGCAACGUUGGGCUGCGUGAGCUGGGCCUUAUGAACCUGACAGAAAUCCUCAAUGGAGGAGUAUACGUGGAUCAAAACAAGUUCCUGUGCCACGCCGAUACAGUCCACUGGCAGGACAUCGUGCGCAACCCACGCUCUGAGCUCCUCGUGGUGCCAACCAAUAGCAGUGCAGGAUGUGGACGGUGCCACAAGUCCUGUACAGGUCGCUGCUGGGGUCCCAACAAUUUCCAGUGCCAGAGCUUAACAAAGACAGUGUGCGCUGAACAGUGCGAUGGACGAUGUUUCGGCCCCUACGUCAGUGACUGCUGUCAUCGGGAGUGUGCAGGGGGCUGCUCCGGACCCAAGGACACAGACUGCUUUGCUUGUACCAGCUUCAAUGACAGCGGGGCGUGUGUCACCCAGUGUCCACAGCCUUUCGUCUACAACCCCACCACCUUCCAGCUGGAGCACAACCCCAAGGCCAAGUACACCUACGGGGCAUUCUGCGUCAAGAAGUGUCCGCAUAAUUUUGUGGUGGACCACAGCUCCUGUGUGCGAGCCUGCCCCAGUAACAAAAUGGAAGUGGAAGAGAAUGGCAUUAAAAUGUGCAAACCCUGUACUGAUAUCUGUCCCAAAGCGUGUGAUGGCAUUGGGACGGGCAGUUUGCAGUCAGCUCAGACGGUGGAUUCCAGCAACAUAGACAAGUUUGUCAACUGCACCAAAAUCAACGGGAACCUGGUCUUUCUCAUCACCGGCAUAGAAGGGGAUGCUUACCACAGCAUUGAGGCUUUGGAUCCUGAUAAACUCAAUGUGUUCAGGACUGUCCGGGAGAUUACAGGGUACUUAAACAUCCAAUCUUGGCCACGGAACAUGUCUGACUUCAGUGUGUUCUCCAACCUGGCGACUAUUGGAGGCAGAGUCCUUUACAGUGGUAUCUCCUUGCUAAUCCUCAAGCAGCAGUGGAUCUCCUCCCUGCGGCUGCAGUCGCUUCAGGAAAUCAGUGCUGGGAACAUAUACCUCACCGACAACCACCUCCUCUGCUACUACCACACCGUCAACUGGACCAGCCUCUUCAGGACCAGCUUGCAGAAGACCAUCAUCCGCAACAACCGCAACCCCAACAACUGCACUGCUGAGAAGAUGACGUGUGACCCCUUGUGCUCGGACCAUGGUUGCUGGGGUCCUGGUCCAGACCAAUGCCUGUUCUGCAGAUUCUUCAGCAGGGGAAGGACCUGCAUUGAGUCCUGUAACCUCUAUGAAGGGGAUUUCCGUGAGUUUGCCAAUGGAUCAGUCUGCAUUGAAUGUGACUCCCAGUGUGAGAAGGCUGAGGAUAAUAUGUUCACCUGCCUCGGCUCGGGCCCAGACCACUGCGUGACGUGUUCUCAUUUCAAAGACGGCCCAAACUGUGUAGAGAAAUGCCCAGAUGGCCUGCAAGGCGCCAACAGCUUCAUUUUCAAAUAUGCUGAGGCCAACAAUGAGUGUCAUCCCUGCCAUUCAAACUGCACCCAGGGGUGUAGAGGCCCUACUAGUGCCGACUGCAUUUUCUAUCCCUGGACGGGUCAUUCCAUAUUACCACAACAUGCUAGAACUCCACUGAUCGCUGCAGGAGUCAUUGGCGUGCUCUUCGUUGUGGUCAUCGUGGUGCUGAGUGUGGCGGUUUAUGUCCGGCGAAAGAGCAUCAAAAAGAAAAGAGCGCUGAGGAGAUUCCUGGAGACGGAGCUUGUGGAACCCCUCACCCCCAGCGGCACAGCGCCCAAUCAGGCCCAGCUGCGCAUCCUGAAGGAAACAGAGCUGAAGCGAGUCAAAGUGCUCGGCUCAGGCGCCUUCGGGACAGUCUACAAGGGUAUCUGGGUUCCAGAGGGAGAGACAGUGAAAAUUCCUGUGGCCAUAAAGAUCCUUAACGAGGCAACAGGACCCAAGGCUAAUGUCGAGUUUAUGGAUGAGGCCCUGAUCAUGGCCAGUAUGGACCACCCCCAUCUGGUACGACUGCUGGGGGUCUGCCUCAGCCCCACGAUUCAGCUGGUCACCCAGCUGAUGCCCCACGGCUGCCUGCUGGACUACGUCCACGAACACAAGGACAACAUCGGCUCCCAGCUCCUGCUCAACUGGUGUGUCCAGAUCGCUAAGGGAAUGAUGUACCUGGAGGAGAGACGGCUGGUGCACAGAGACCUGGCCGCCCGGAACGUCCUGGUCAAGUCGCCCAACCACAUCAAGAUCACAGACUUCGGGCUGGCCCGCCUGCUGGACGGUGAUGAGAAGGAGUACAAUGCUGAUGGGGGCAAGAUGCCAAUAAAAUGGAUGGCCCUGGAAUGUAUCCACUACAGGAAAUUCACCCACCAGAGUGACGUGUGGAGCUACGGUGUUACAAUCUGGGAGCUCAUGACGUUCGGUGGGAAGCCCUACGAUGGAAUUCCUACCCGGGAAAUCCCAGAUCUUCUGGAAAAAGGGGAGCGCCUGCCACAGCCACCAAUCUGCACCAUCGACGUCUACAUGGUCAUGGUGAAAUGCUGGAUGAUCGAUGCAGACAGCAGACCCAAGUUCAAAGAGCUGGCAGCCGAAUUCUGCAGAAUGGCCCGGGAUCCCCAGCGCUACCUGGUUAUCCAGGGCGAUGACCGCAUGAAGCUCCCCAGCCCCAGUGACAGCAAGUUCUGCCUGAGCCUGCUGGACGAGGAGGAGCUGGAGGACAUGGUUGAUGCAGAGGAGUACCUGGUGCCCCAGGCCUUCAACAUCCCUCCCCCCAUCUACACCUCGCGACCCAGGAUUGACUCCAACCGGAGUCAAAAUGGACACAGCCCUCCUCCAGCCUACACCCCAAUGUCUGGGAACCAGUUUGUAUACCGGGAUGGGGGCUUCAGCACUGAGGAUUUGAUUCCGUCUCUGGGACGGGCACUGCAGCCGUGUGCCGCCCCAGAGACACCGGCGGGGCAGGGGGCAGCUCCGGAGGCAUUCGAAGACACCCGCUGUAACGGAACUCUGAGAAAGCAGGUGUCUCCACGGGCCGUGGAGGACAGCAGUGCUCAGCGCUACAGUGCAGAUCCCACUGUCUUCCUGGCAGAGCGUGGGCCCCGGGGGGAGAUGGACGAGGACGGAUACAUGACACCCAUGCAAGAAAAGCAGCCCACAGACUAUCUUAACCCAGUUGAGGAAAACCCUUUUGUCACACGCCGGAAGAAUGUAGACAUCCAUGCUCUGGAUAACCCAGCAUACCACAGCGCCCCCAACGGGCAACCCAAGGUGGAAGACGAGUACGUCAACGAGCCCCUGUACCUCAACACCUUCCAUAACACAGCAGAGAAUACCGGAUACCUGAAGAACAAUGGGGCUCCACACCUCACCAACACUGUCAGCGACAAGAAACCCAAGAAGACCUUCGACAAUCCAGAGUACUGGCACCACAGUCUUCCCCCAAAGGCAACGCUCCACAACCCUGAAUACCUACAAGAGUGUAACACCAAGUUUUUCUACAAACAGAAUGGACGCAUCCGGCCUGUGGAAGCGGAGAACCCAGAGUACCUGUCUGAGUUCUCCCUGAAACCAGGGACUGUGCCUCCCCCACCUCCUUACAGGCAGAGGAACACAGUGGUGUAAUGUCUACAGUAUUAUAAUCAGGUGUAAACAGGGAGAUUGAUCUGUCUGCAGAACUGUUUCCCUGUGCGACACCCCGAAAAGACCAGACUUUUGAUUCCUCAGAACAGUAACACAAUAAAUCUGUUAGGACCUUCACUGGAAAAAGCAUCAACACUUUUGCCACGUACAAACCCCAAGGAGCAUUGAUGAACCUUUCAACCUCUAGCAGUUGUUUUCCCUAUCCCAUGGUGUUCUGUGGUGAAAAAGCCUUCUGCAGUUUUAAAGAAUGUAUCUUUAGUGACGUCCCCACUCUCUGAAAUCAGUAGGAGCGACGAUGAACAAAAAAUUGUUGGGAAGGAUGGGUGUUCUGUUUCUCUUUGAUCAUUCAUUUCUUUCCCCAUCUUCAUUUGUUGGGAUGUAGUUCAAAGCAAUAUGGAGGCAACAUAUCAGCCACGUGACAUGAAGGAUGUUCUUUGAAGAAAACCAAGUACUUUGGAUUUGGUUUUACAUACUUCCAAUUCUGAGGGACACUAAUGAAGGAACACCAACAAGAGCAACUGUUUCUGAUGGAAACAGACAUCUUGGGAUGGUGAACUGACACAUAUCGAUUAUGGAUAUUCUUGUUGUUGUUUGCUGUUUGUUUGUUUGUUUGUUUUUACAAGAGGGUAUUUUCACAGAGCUUCUGUUUACCUGGGAUCUACAGUCCAUGAAACUGGAAUACAUUAAAGUUGAAAUGAAUACAUACUGGUUGGUCUGGUACGGUUCAAUAGGGUGAAUUUGCACAAUUUAUAAAAAAUCUGUUUGAAAGGCCACAGUUUUUGGGAAAGUGUUUCCCAAAUGUGUAUCAUAAGGAUGAAAUGAUAUGUGGCUUCCAAGGCAACAAGACAGAUGUUGUUACUUCUUAAUUGGUUUCAGUUUGAAUGUGGAAAGGGGGGGGUCCACACAAUGUAACCACCAUUCCAUAGGUGGUUGAAUCCUGCAGGUGUAGCCAGAUGGACUGGGACUCGGAAAUCCUUGCCUAUGAACAAUAAACAUAAGCUGCAAAUAAGAGUAUCAGAAUACAUCAUCUGUUUUUUUUUUUUGUUUUUUUUUGUUUGUUUUUCAUAGAAAAGUUAUUGGUGAGGCAUGCCCUUAACCUUUACUAACAGACAUAGAAAUAAGUCUUAAAACUUGAAAAUAAUACUAAGCGGUUCUUUAUUUUAUACUUAAAGAAUUAACUGUGGCAGAAUCCACUUUAAUGGAAAAAAACUGUGCCAAAAUGUUUUUAGUAAAUUUAGUUGGAUAUUUAGUUUUAAAAAGUGAGUUCCAUAAUUGAAAAGGUUAAGCCGAUCUUUUAUAUAAAAGACCUGUAGACAACAAUAAUUUCUACUGAUCGCUACCGCUGUGUGUUACUGUUAACACUGCCAGAAGCAUCCUUUGCUGCUAAAAAUAACGCCAGCAUCCGAAAUCAUUCUGCAUUGACUUGUGUUUUUUGUUUUUUAAAUGUAAGAGCACUUAAUGCUCUGUUUUAGCACUUUUAUUAGCUUUCAGAAAGCUAAUAAAAGAUGGCUUGUUUUUUUAAUGGGUCUCUCUCUCAAUCUAAUGGCUUGUGGGGGAAAAGAAACCAGCUGUUUAGAAAUAUUGUGCAUUUGCACAAAUCAACAUUAUUAUUUUGUCACUGCACAAUACAAUGUUCUAUCUGAUUCAGAACAAAGUUAGACAAUUGAACAAGUUUGUUUCCUGUCUAUUUCUUCAAAUUCUCUAUAUUGUCCUCCACAUGCUAUUAGGUUCAGAGCACAGGGGGGUAACACAAUCCCCAAAAAGAAAGCCAAACACAAUUGUUCAGCUGCAGAACGUGCCAAGAAUGGGAUUACUGCAAAUUGUGUUUUUCUUUUAAACUAAAUUCAGGACAUGGAUAAUGGAGAAAAAGUACUUUAAAACUGUGCAAGUGGUUUUUACUAGUGGCAGUAUGUGUUGCAUGCUGCUAAAUAUAACAAAAUGAUUUUGCUUGCCGUGUGUAUCCCAGUAGAAUGAAGUGCAACCAUAGACAUAUCAGCACGUCUCCUCCUGUGGUGUGCACUUCGAGUUCCACCACCCAUGGUUUAUUUCAGAAGGCACACACAUGUGGGUGAAGUGGAAAGAAAACACUGGACUUGUGUAUUUUGAGGUAUAUAUUUAAGGUUCAACAGAUCAAUCUAGAUUCUGGCUGUACCAGACCUUCAGGUAGUAACUGAGCUAUUUUGUUGUUUGUUUUCAUAUUUUUUGAACUUAAACAUGCUUUCAUAGAAUGGAAAUGCAAUGGUAAUGUCUGCAUAAUAGAUUGGAAAGCAGUGUCUGACAAUUGCUGAGAUGUAUCUGAUUGGAACAGAACUUGGUUCUCCAUAUAAAAGCAAAGACAUUACCAUUUCUCUCUCUCUAUAUAUAUAUAUAUACACAGUGCCUAUAGAAAGUCUACACCCCCUUGAACUUUCUUUACAUUUUGUGUCAGUGCCUCAGAGUUUCAUGUAUUUAAAUGAGGAUUUUUUUUCCACUUAUCUACACACCAUACUCCACACUGUUAAGGGGAAAAAUGUUUUUAUUGAGAAAAAAAAAAUACAUUAAAAAUACAAAACUGAAAGAUCAUAAUUGGAUAAGUCUCCACCCCCCUGAGUUAAUACUUGGUGGAAGCACCUUUGGCAGCAAUUACAGCUGUGAGUCUGUUGGGAUAGGUCUCUACCAACUUUGCACACCUAGAUUUGGCAGUAUUUGACCAUUCCUUACAAAACUGUUCAAGCUCUGUCAAGUUCCUUGGGGAGUGUUGAUGGACAGCAAUCUUCAAGUCAUGCCACAUAUUUCUGAUUGGAUUUAGGUCGGGGCUCUGACUGGGCCACUCCAGGACAUUUACCUUUUUGUUCCUUAGCCACUCCAGUGUAGCUUUGGCUGUGUGCUUUGGGUCGUUAUCAUGCUGAAAGGUGAACUUCUGUCCCAGUCUCAGCUUUCUUGCAGAGGGCAGCAGCUUUUGCUCAAGGACUUCUCUGUACUUUGCUCCAUUCAUUUUCCUUUCUAUCCUGACAAGUGCCCCAGUCCCUGCCGAUGAGAAACAUCCCCAUAACAUGAUGCUGCCACCAACAUGCUUCACAGUAGGGAUGGUGUUCUUUGGGUGAUGUGCUGUGAUGGGUUUGCGCCAAACAUAACGCUUUGCAUUUAGGCCAAAAAGUUCAAUUUUAGUUUCGUCAGACCACAAAACUUUUUGCCACAUGGCUACAGAAUCUCCUGAGUGUUUUUUUGCACACUUCAAACGGGAUUCAAGGUGGGCUUUCUUGAGUAAUGGCUUCCUUCUUGCCACCCUACCAUACAGGCCAGAGUUGUGGAGUGCUUGGGAUAUUCUUGUCACAUGCACACUUUAACCAGUCUUGGCCAUAAAAGCCUGUAGCUCUUGCAAAGUUGCCAUUGGCCUCUUGGUAGCCUCUCUGAUCAGUCUCCUUCUUGCUCGGUCAUCCAGUUUGGAGGGACGGCCAGAUCUAGGCAGGGUCUUGGUGGUGCCAUACACCUUCCACUUCUUAAUAAUCGUCUUGACCGUGCUCCAAGGGAUAUUCAAGGCCUUUGAUAUUUGUUAUACCCAUCCCCUGAUCUGUGCCUUUCAACAACUUUGUCCCGGAGUUCUUUUGAAAGCGCCUUGGUGCUCAUGGUUGAGUCUUUGCUUUGAAAUGCACUACCCAGCAGAGGGAACCUCCAGGAACUGCUGAAUUUAUCCUGAAAUCAUGUGAAUCACUACAAUUUAACACAGGUGGAGGCCACUUAACUUGGUGUGUGAUUUUGAAGGCGAUUGGUUACACCUGAGCUAAUUUAGGAUUGCUAUUACAAGGGGGGUGGACACUUAUCCAACCAAGCUAUUUCAGUUUUUAUUUUUAAUUAACUUUCUACAAAUUUCUAGAAUAUUUUUUUCACUUGGAAGUUGUGGGGUAGGAUGUGUAGAUAAAUGAAAAAAAAAACUAUUUUAAUGUAUUUUAAUUCCAGACUAUAAGGCAACAAUAGGUGAACAUUUUGAAAGGGGGUGUAGAUUUUCUAUAGGCACUGUAUAUAUAUAUAUAUAUAUACACACACACACACAUCUACAUGAAAGUUCAAAUCGUACAAAGGCGAUUGGGAUGCCCAAGACACAGUCACAGUGUACAGAUGGUAGCCGAAGACAUGGAAAUUGUUCUAUGUCUUCUCUUGAAGGAAUAUGUAGCAUACACUGUUACUGGCAUUAUAUGGGUCGAUUUUUAAUUUACAAAAUGAGCAGCUGUUGAGGAACAACUAAACCAAAACCCAAAUGUGUUUUGUAACACAGAACUGAAACUUAUUUUAUAGUGCGAAUAGCAGGAUAAAACAAAAGACAAGUGGGUUAUUACUAAGAACCAUAAGGCUCCCCCAUGAUGUCAUGCAUGUAACAGGAAGCCUCUGUGGCUAAAGCUAGAGGAGAAGGAACAUGUUAGGGGCCCCUUUUAGUUGUGAGCUAAAAUCCUAAUUGAGGAAAUCUACGAAUGACACAAAUGAGUAUUUUUUUUUUAACUGUUUGGACUUUCUAGUAAAAUUAUUUACUUUUUUGUGGGGUUUCUGAUUCAGCAAUCAGACUUUCAUAGUUUGGCCUUGAUUUUAAAAAAAAAUCAUGUCCAAGUUCAUCAGGACCCAAAAUUGCCAGUCAAAGAACUGGUUCAGAAAUGUGACCUUGACGGUGAAAUAGUUUACAAGGCCAAGCAAAUUAAACGUGGUAAAAAAAAAAAAGAAAGUGUUUGUUCCGUAAGAACAUUUCCUUAUUGUUUUACUGGUAAUCCUCUUGUUUUCCAGAUUCUGGGAAAUGAAAAAACAUGGUAUUUUAAAAGAUCGAAAGCGGCCACUGAAUGUUUGUUUCAUGGUCCUAGCUUAAGUUCUGGCUAAGGUUUAGUCAAUUCUGACUUACAUGUCUCAAAGUAUAUAGCUGUGGACAAAAGUAGCAUCACCCUGUAGAAUUAACUAAUUUUGCUUCAUAAAAUCUAAUGAAAGCUGCUGAAUAAUGUUACGUUAACAUAUUGAAUUACAUACCUCUUUCUAGUUUCCCAUAUACUUACAAAAAAUGAAAAAUGUAACAUUUUGAAAUCUAACAUGAAAUACUGUACUAAUAUAAUGGCUUCCGGUAGACUGUUACGAUAUCAUUUUGUAGUUUCCUUGAUUACAUGAUGUUAAAUAAAAUAUCUAAAUGAUGUCAUAUAGUUUUGUCUCAAUCCUAAAAUUCUACGUGAUACAAAACUUUUGUCCAUAGCUGUAGAGGGAGCUGUCUACACAAUUAAGAAUGAAGGGAUGAAAAUAUGACAUGUUGGAAUAGUUGUUCCUUAAGAUUUACUACUGUAUGUUAAUUGAAAAAUGUGAAUAGUAUUUUUAUAGACUGCUGAAGAAUUGGCCAGGUGCAUUUGUAAAUAAGGGGAAAUUGUUGUUUUCAGAAUUGUUUUUUUCCCCCUCCAUGGGAUCAGUUUCUGUUGAACAUAAUUGUCUUUAGGGUUAAUAUUAUUAUUAUUAUUAUUAUUAUUAUUAUUAUUAUUAUUAUUAUUAUUAUUAUUAUUAUUGUUUUCUUUGUGUAUAUAUGUGUAAUUUGGAUUGUGAAUUUUUAUUUCGGGAGCUCAUAAAUUGAGGCAUUUAAUUGUGAUUCGUAUUUAGCACAAAUCGUGAAUGUGUUUUAACUUCUGCACUUGCUCAUGUUGUAGGAGCUGCUUUUACUGUUCGAUGUACUGUUACUUCUUAUUCGCUUCCUUUCUUUUCUUUUGUCAGUCCCGCUGUUACAGGAUACAAUGGUGCCCUGCUGCAAUCCUGAUAAUUGUAAUUAUCUCUCUCUCUCAGUAGCCCUGUAUUCUAGGACAGGGUCUUUGGGUUUUCUUGAGUUCUUCUUCCUUUAAGACCCUGUGUUCUGUUUGUCUCUCUUUCUCUUUCUCUCUCUCUGUCUGUGUGGUGCUGUUGGGCAUUGUUACUGUGAACCCUCCCGAGUUCUGCCUUUUGAUCCUUGGGUUGAGUGCUAACUGUAAUACUGACCGCAGUAAAAAGCUCCAGCCAGUGUUGCCAACACAGUUUAUGAAAAUAAAUGCAUUAACUUGUAAUAAAAACCAGAGUGAGUGGGUUCAGGGUUUUGUCUUUUUAGUUGGAUCUCUAUUUACAUGUUUUCAUUUAAUACCCUUGUGAUCACAUGAAUUAGGGUCCACCAAAUUGGUAGCCUAAGCAAAAACAGGUAACAGUGUAGUUUACAGAUAUGUUAUAAGUGUGUUAUAGAUGUGUUAUUAACGGCUUCCACGGUUGUUAAAAACAACAACAGGCAAUAGCAAAACAGGUUUAUAAAAUUUAAAUCGGGCACUACAGUAAAUAAUAUAAUCUCAUUCAAUCAUGACAUGAAUCUUUCCACUGGUAAUGUUUCAUUACUGCAAUGCUCCUGCAUAAAACAUAACAAUAAUGUUGCAUGCAGAAGCUGGCAGCACACCUGUGCAGUGUUUAGGCAGGUCCUUCGCAGUUGGUUGCAAGUGGCUGUCAGGUUUAAAUGAAUGCAAGAGGAGGACUAGGGUGGCAGACCAUGUUAAUGGACAGGCCAGUUUGAUCUCAAGGAAUGUGGUGCACAUGAAUCCAAUUUCAGGAAUCAAUGCAAGGGUGACAGAACCGGCUUAGGUGGGUCAAAUAAGAAUAAGGAGACUCGAAGCAGUGGGUUAGCCCGGUGUUAAUGUAUCAUAAGAGAUUAUGGGCUGUAAGCAGGGCUGGAGAUAUUCAGGAAACAUGGACCUCAUGUCAUGGGGCUCAAGUAAGGAGAUAAUAAAGUAAGAAUUGAGCUAGUGGAUUUUAGGGGAUGGGUAGAAAAGAGGUAAAGUAAGGAUAUUUCAUUAAAGUAGGAAGGUAAUUUUGAGGAAUACCUUUUCAAUCUACCAUAGCUUUUAAAUUGGAAGGAGAGCAUCUUAUCAUUACAAAUUCAGCGACCAGUGCCUCCCAGAUUGGUAUAAAGACAGAUUUCUAAAGCAACUGAAAUAAAGGGAAAUCAACCCCCACCCCC